AUGAAAACGCUUUGUCAAGCUGAGAAAGCUCUACACGACACCAUCAGGGAAGCCUAUGAAGCGGAAUGGCCAGAACGGGAGCAGUUGACUGCUAUCAUUGAUAACCUCGAAAUCCAGUCAAAUGAAAUGGAGAAGGUGCUAUGUGAAGACCUCCCGCUAGCCGUUUCCAACUACGUUUCACAGUUCCCCGAAUUGAAGAAAAAGGUUGACAAGAGAGGAAGGAAGCUUGUUGACUAUGACCAUGCAAAGCACAACUACAGUUCUGCCAAAGCUUCAAGUAAAAAGGGUGAAACAGAUCCAAAAGUGGCCAAAGCUUACACUGAGCUACAACAAGCAGAGACCCUUUAUAAAGAGAUAAAUAACGAGUUGUUAGAGAUACUCCCAGCUACAUAUGAUAGUCGUAUCACAUUUUAUGUUGACACGUUGCAAUCUUUAUUCAAUUCACAAAGCAUAUAUCAAGCAGAAUGUUGUAAGCUUAACAAACAAAUUGUUACCCAAUUGGACCGCCUUGGUGAAUCCAUGGAUUCCCUUCGAGUUCCACGACCAGAGCCGCGACCCUCCACUCCUACUGAUAGCGUAACAGAUAUGGGUUCUCAUAGAUCUACUCCAUCUCCUGCUCCAGCUCCUCCACCAGCAACUCCAGCGUCGUUAGCUGAUUCAGCUUCUGGUCAAGUAGCACCUGCUAGCAAUCCGUUUGAUGAAGAUAACGUAGAGGAAACGUUUGAGAACAAGAUAUAUCCGGUUCGUUCGUUUUGA